AUGCCGUAUCCUACUGUCCUCUUUGGUGAACUAAAACUAUGCGCCUUCUUGUAUUUCACCAUCUUACAUGUGGUAAGGUCGAUGCAUUUUCGUGGUGGUACCAUUACGUGGGCACCUGUCAAUACAAGUCAAACUAGUAGUAGUACAGUUGAUAUUAUCAUUGAACAAAGUUAUUCAUGGAAACGCAGUAGUCAUUUAACUGACUAUUGUGAUGCUUCAACAAUUGCUACGAAUGGUCUUAUCGGUGAUUCCAGUUAUUUAGAAUGUUUAACAAUACCAAAUUGUGGUGGAUUUUUAAGCGGUAAUUUAUCUACACAGGUUGUAUGUACAGAUUAUAGUGCUAAUGUUGAUAUGUCUACUGGACGGAUAUCAAAUAUAGUGAAAUUAAAUAACGGCUCACAAUUAACAAUUGGCUACAAUAGUAGUGCAUGGCUACCACUUCAAACAGUACCUAGUGGUUCAUGGAGUAUAAUAACAGCGAUUAAUUUACAACUGCGUACAGAUAAUGGACGAUUAAAUACACCACCAAUAACAAAUUUUUUACCCGUCAUCAAUGUCCCUAUAAAUAUACAGCGUACAAUUAUUAUACCAAUGUUAGAUGUUGAUGGCGAUUAUCUACGUUGUCGCUGGUCUAAAAGCAGUCCAAUUGAUGAAUGUGGUAGUGUUUGUUCAGCGGUGCCCGGUGCUACACUCAACGGAAAUUCUACGUGUACAUUAACAUUUACAGGCACAUCAGUUGGUUAUUAUGCAGCUGCCUUGCAAGUCGAAGAUUUUUAUAUGAGUACAUCUAAUAUUAGUAGCCCAUUGAGUUCCGUACCGGCACAAUUCCUAAUCAAUGUUAUUAAUAUUACAUGUUGGCCAACAAUUAUUGGUCUACAACAAAAUGGUGCAAUGAUCUAUGUUCUAGUAAAUACACUUGUGAUAGAAACUGUAAUUGCAGAAACUGGCUGUUUGGGUACAACGAUUACAGAUUUUCUUGAAACAAGUCCCAGUGGUAUGAUAACAUCAUCUGUUACACAGAAUCCAUUGAAUUCUAGUCUGUAUUCAAUUACAUUAAAUUGGAUACCGACCACAUUGGGCUCACAAGUAUUUUGUUGUGCAGCUCUAGAGAGUAAUCAAGGAGAAUCAGAUCAAUAUUGCUUAACAUUUGUGGUUGGUGCAGUUACUACUACUACUACUACCACCACUACCGUCGUUACAUCCAUCACAAUGACAACGUUACCAUAUGGAUUAUCUACUCUCGAUAUUGGUUUAAUUACUGGAAUGUCCUUACUUGGUUUACUAUGCUGUUGUAGUUGUUGCUGUUGGUGGUGCAGUAGACAACUUUGGAAGCGACGAAAAGAAAAAAUGAAAGUGCACCAUCAACAAGAUAUUUCAUCGAUAUCAAACGAUUCGACGGAGCGAAAUCCAUACCUUAUUAAUAGCAACAGAUCAUCGUUCAUCUGUAAUGUGUGUGGUGUUGGUAGUGGUAGUAGCAGACGAGCAGCAACAAUGUUAAACGGCAGUUUUGAAUCUGGCUUGGGAUCGGUAUCUACCACUACUGCUAAUGGUAUUACUCAACCACAUAGUAGUCGACCAGUAAAAUUUCCAGUACGAGAUAAUACCACAAACGACUUUAAUGUAAUACAAUUACAAUCCCUACCGCCGCAACCUAAAUCAUCGUCAUCGCCAACACCUACGCAAAUAUUUACUACCGGUAAUAAUAGUCCAGUAAUGCAAUCGAUUUCACCAAGACCUAGUGGAAUUAGUAUUGUUAAACUACAACAACAGAGGAAAAGAUGGUAUGACUACUAA